AUGGGGACGGACUACUAUGGGAUUUUGGAGGUUGACAAGAAUGCCUCAGAUGAAGAAUUGAAGAAAGCUUACAGAAAGCUUGCAAUGAAAUGGCACCCUGAUAAGAACCCAACCAACAAGAAAGAGGCUGAGAUUAAAUUCAAACAGAUAUCUGAAGCCUACGAGGUUCUAAGUGAUCCCCAGAAGAGAGCAAUUUAUGACCGGUAUGGAGAAGGUGGCCUUAAAGGUGGAAUGCCGACAACAGAUGAAGGUGUGGCUUCCUUCUUCCGAACUGGGGAUGGCCCUCCACCAUUUAUGUUCAAUCCCAGAAAUGCAAACAACAUUUUUGCAGAAGUGUUUGGGAAUUCGAACCCCUUUGGAGGAAUGGGAAUGGGGUUUGGCUGUGGUGGCAGAGGCAGAGGUAUGGGCAUGAGUGGUGGAACGUGGGUAUCAAGGUCCUUUGGUGGAAUGUUUGGCAGUGACAUGUUCGGAGAAGGCAGGCCAAUGAAUCAAGGUCCACGCCGCAAGGCUCCUCCCAUCGAAAAUACAUUACUUUGCAGCCUUGAGGAGCUCUACAAGGGGAGUACCAGAAAGAUGAAAAUCUCAAGGGAAAUUACACAUACAAGCGGGAGAGUAUUUCCUGUGGAGGAAAUAUUGAACAUUGUUAUCCAACCAGGCUGGAAGAAGGGAACCAAAAUCACUUUCCCAGAGAAAGGAAAUGAACAGCCAAAUGUCAUUGCAGCAGAUCUUGUGUUUAUUAUUGAUGAGAAACCUCACAGUAUGUUUACAAGAGUUGGUAAUGAUUUGGUUGUGACGCAAAAGAUAUCACUUACAGAAGCUGAAGCUCUACCAGGCUACACCAUCCAACUUACAACUCUUGAUGGCAGGGGUCUGACCAUCGCCAUAAACAAUGCCACUGAUCCAGAUUACGAAGAAGUCAUCACUGGGGAAGGCAUGCCGAUUUCCAAAGAUCCUUCAAAGAGGGGUAACCUUAGGAUCAAAUUCAAGAUCUAA